AUGAAGCCCUGGGUUCUCCUACUUGCCAUGCUCAUCUAUGGGGUUGUGAUACUUCUACCUGUUCCGGGAGGCCUCAAGAACAAUACUUUUUGUAGGUGUAUGACACAGGAGGAGGGGACUCUGCCCAAGACUGGAUGUCUGGUGUGGAUGGAUCUUCCAAUCUCUACCAUCCCAGUUCCAGUUGGAAGACCAGUCACUGAGCAGUGCUGGGUAUAGCUUUUGUUAAAGUAUUGCAAGACAAGGUGCACUAAAUUACUGGAGUGCUUGUCUCCCAAUCAUACAUGCUCCUGGACCUUCUGUGGAAAUGUCUACUUGGACAAUAAAGAACCCUUCAAAUCCAUGCUAAGCCCCUAG